AUGGUGAAACCAACCUUGGAAUUUAAUUAUGAUAUCUCCUGCCCCUUCGCCUACAUCGCAUCCACCCGCGUAGAAGCCCUGGCAUCUCGCGCGGGUGCGACUCUGGUAUGGCGGCCCGUCCUCUUAGGCGCCAUCUACCGCGCUACAGCAGCACCGCAAGGCGCAUCGGGCUCCGCGUCUGAUGUAUUCAAUCCUACUAAGAAAGCUGUAGCCGCGGCAUCUAUGCAGCGCACUCUACGUCGGUACAAGAUUAGGUACAAUCCGCCGCCACAGCAUCCGCGUAAGACGGUCAAUGCUCUGAGAUUAUUGUACGCGGUAGAAGGAGAGGAGCGAAGAGUGUUGACCAAGAAACUCUUUGAGGCGUAUUGGGUAGAAGGGAGAGAUGUCAGUGAUGGCGUCGAAUUGUUGAAAAUAGUGAGAGAGAGUGGUAUAAAGUCUGCGACAGGGAUCUCUGAGAAGACUUUCGGUGACGCCAGUGCAAGACGAGAGUUGGAGAAAGCGACUGCGGAUGCGAUCGAACGUGGUGCUUUCGGUGUGCCUGGAUUCUGGAUCCCGGAGGAGUCUUGGGUUGAUGUUAGCGGCGAGAAAAGAAAGGGAAGGUUCUACUGGGGUCAAGACCGAAUGCACUUCGUGGAGGCCACUCUGAGUGCUUUAAGGAGCGGUGGCCCUUGGGAACACGUAAACAUUCUGAAGAGCCUCAUGCCAAGGUGCAUUCCCGAUCACAAGAUCAGCAAUAAAGUAAGAGUGGAGUUCUGGUACGACUUCAGUAGUCCCUGGGCGUUUCUCGGUUGGACCCAGCUUGAGCGUCUCAAGCGGACAUUCGGCGCCAAUCUGGAGAUCGUCAUGAAGCCUUUCUUGUUGGGUAUCCUGUUUCGAGAGAUUGGUGCCCCAAAUCUUCCCUCUAGCGCUAUCUCGCCUACGAAAGCUGUUUGGGCGCGACAAGACCACGGUGACUGGGUCCGAUUUUGGAAUGCGAUCAAUGCGCAGGAAGGCAAACCAGACAAGAACAUAGAUUUUCACUGGGCCGAAAUAUUUCCUAUACGCACUCCGACAGUACUUAGAUGCGCCAUUGUAGACCCGCAGACAGUACCAGUCCUUUAUCGUGCUUGCUGGGAGAGCAAUGCAAACGUAGCUGACGACUCUGUCCUCGUCGAGGUUCUUACGAAAGGAGGUUUCGAUGGCGCUGGGCUGCUGAAGAAAGCGAAUGCACCAGAUAUCAAGCAGAAACUCCGAGAUUCUACUGCAGAGGCCAAAAAUCUGGGGAUCUGCGGGGUGCCGACUUAUCGUGUCUUCCGACAGAAUUUGAAUCGUGAAUGGGAACAUGUUGGUGGCCUCGUCUGGGGUCAAGAUGAAAGUAACGUGGUGGAAGACCUCAUUGCAGGCUGGAGUGGCGAAGGUACCGCUGCCCUCGCAGAGCCACGGAAAACGACAGUGUCAGACAAGAUAACAGGCUCCCGACUCUAG